UAAUAGUAAUAAUAAUAAUAAUUGAAGGGGCAGCAUCAGCAGCAGCGCGGAGAGCUUUUUUAAAAGGAGAGUAGGAGACCCAUUCCCCAUUCCCAAUUCAAUCAUUCAUUUUCCCCCAUUCCCCAUUUAUACUCUCACACACAUCAAACUCUGCACAUCUCUUUCCCUUCCCCUCCAAAAUUCCACCGAUCCAAAGCAAAGCAAAGCUACUAGCUAGCUAGUGUUGGGUUUCCGUUCCGUUGAGCUAAUCUCCCAAAUCGUCUCCGCGCGAUGGUAGUGAACAAGAUUAGCCAGGGCCGACCACACAGCAUCAUGAUCCGGAAGUUAUCGGAACUGCUCGUUCCCGGCAAGAACCGGCCGGCGGCGAGCGGAGGCGGAGUCGGGUCCGAUUCGUCCCCUGCCACCACCAGCCCCCGGAGUCCACUGGACUUCCCCAGGAUCCAGUCCCCGAGAGGGCUCAAGAAUUUCGACCUGGGUGGGGUCGGGCUGGGAAUCGUGGCCGCCCUCGAGAAUUCAGUCUGCUGUACCCCGAAAUCGGGCCCGAUUCCGGUCGGUUCCAGGCGUUUGAGAAAGGGAAUCGACGACGAUGACAAGUACAGUACUCGCCGUGAGGUCGGGCGGACAGUCCCAGCUCCGGCGGCAGGGAAUCUGGUGGAAGAAAUUGGGGGCUUCCUGAAUUGUUGCCACCUGUGCAACAAGCAGCUGCAGGGCCUAGAUAUAUACAUGUACAGAGGGGAGACGGCCUUUUGCAGCAGCGAGUGCAGAUCGAGUCAAAUAAUGAUUGACGAACAACAGCAGAAGAAGCAGAAGAAGAACAAGUGCAGGAGGGAAGUUGGGAGAGCUGUAGCGUCGGUCUCAGGGAAGAGCAGCACUAGUCCGCCCAUCUUUUCAACUGGGAUUCUCGCCAUCUGAUGACACGAGUUGAUCCAUAGUUUUUUGCAGCGGGAGAAGAAACAUGAUUGAUUAGCAAGCUAAGCAGUCUGAUAUCUCAUCACCAUGGAUGGCGUGACCAAUGGGAUGAUCGUCUGUUGUAUCGGAAGCCCACCCACAAAGAUGGGGGAAAGACAAGUAAAAAAGUGACAGAAACAACGGGAAAGUAAAAAAAGAAAGAGAACCAAAUUUUGUCCGGAUGGUUGGAACCAGCAGAGUAGCAGUAGUUUAUGUGUGAAGAUGUAAAGGGCCAAACUUUUUUUCUUUCUUGUUUUUGCUUUUUUUUUUUUUUUUUUCUGAAGAACAUAAAAGGGAAGCUCAUACUUUUCACUUUUGGGAAACAGACCCACCGCACCAUCUCUCUUACUCUUACUUUACUUACUGCUUGGGUCCUCUCCUGGUUUUGAGUUCUGGAAAGAGGAUUGAAGCUUCUCGACGAUUGAUUCCCAGUCCAGCCUAAUCUUCGUCAAACCAGAGAGAGUAAUAAUAAACUAAAUAAUAAUAAUGAUGAUGACGAGGAGGAGUCGACGAACGAUCAUAACUGCAAAGCAGCCCUGGUUUAGCACUGACGACUGGGG